AGAUCAAUCAUCUGUUGUAAACAUAUUACCAAAUCUCAAUAAUACAAAAGUAUUUUCAGAAAAGUUUAUAAGCCUGAAACGUCUAUCUUAUUCUUUCUCUCGAACUCGUGUAUAACACACUGUGAUCGUUGUGUAACACAAGCGGUUGGUAAAAGAUUAACAAUAAUACGCGUCGAUGAACGGUAUGUGGAUGACGGAGGAGUGCAAGAGAUCGUUCAUGGAGAUGAAGUGGAAGAAAGUGCACAGAUACAUCGUUUUCAAGAUCGAGGAGAAAUCCAAUAAAGUCACCGUUGACAAGGUUGGUGCUACCGGCGAGACCUAUCAAGAUCUCGCCGCUUCCUUACCGGAGGAUGACUGUCGCUACGCCGUGUUUGAUUUCGAUUACGUGACCGUUGAUAACUGCCGCAUGAGCAAGCUCUUCUUCAUCACCUGGUCCCCGGAGGCGUCGAGAAUAAGAGAGAAGAUGAUGUAUGCAACGUCGAAGAGUGGGCUGAGAAGAGUGUUGGAAGGCAUUCACUAUGAGCUUCAAGCCACCGACCCAACCGAGAUGGGAUUUGACAAAAUCCAGGACCGGACCAAAUAAGUCUACAUUCCAUUUAACCGGAGUUACAUGCUUCAGUGAUCAGUAGCUGUUAUUAACAACAGUCAUGGGAAGCAAUUAAUUAUCUGUUAAUGUUAGUUAUUGAUGUUUAGUGCUUAACUUCGUAUUUGCUUUUAGUUGUCAAACAAAAGAAUAGCACUCCUUUUGUUGACAAGAGUUGUAUUGACUAUUGUUUCUGGUUCAUGUUUGUUAGUCUUAAUGUUAAAUGUUAUGUAUGCCUCUGCUGCCGCUAAUGCUGCUAAUAAAAAGCCUAAGUUUAUCUGAAUUGUAUUGGAACUAAUGUCAUUCAAGCAAAGCAUGAUACUGCUUAACUUGAACGUCAUAUGUAAAGUGUGAUCAAUUUUACUGGAAGUACAACUUAAAUAGUCUUAUAAUUAUGAAAAAGAGUGAGACUAAUUUUCUUUAGAGAGGGUGCUUAGAAAAAGAGAUUUAGUUAAACUUAAAAACAUGAACUAUUGACUGGCGAGCAUGGUGAUAGAAUUUGUAUUCAUAUUUGCUUGCAGUGUUACGUUUACAAACUUUUCCGGAUUGGGUUAGGCCCAAUUACAAAUUCACUUGUGGAUCUUAAACAAACUAAAUAGUUUAUUGGUAAACCCUACCUCACAAUCUCACAUGAUCCAAAUCUUCCAAUUGAUCUUUAAAUAUUUGUGAGGAAGGGAUAAUGAAUAUAGGAUAGCUGGUAAAACAAAUCUUCUAAUGGAUCUUUCUUGGUCCUCGGCCCAAGAAAAAUUAAUAUUAAAGGAUUAUAUUAGUUACCCGAUAUUGGUUUAGCAAAAUGCUCUCGUAGCUCAGUUGGUUAGAGCACCCGUUUAGUAAGCGGGAGGUCUUGAGUUCAACUUUCAACGAAAGCAUUUGUCCUUUUAUUACUUUUAACCUUUUUGACCAGACAAAUAUCUAGAAAGGUAUCUAGGCAUAUUUGCUGGGACCGACCGAGUUUCACCUCGAAAACCGAAAUGAUGAAAUCUUCGUUGUUGAUUGCGGAGAGACUUUUAACUCUUGCAAGUCUUCAAUCCCAAUUCACCGUUUCAUGCGCUCCAUCAUGUUAGAAUUUUUUUUGUUUCCUUAGUAAAUAAGUAGUCAACAUACAAACACCCUUUAAUGAUUUCAAACUUAGGUAGCUUUUCUUAUUCAGUUGAGACACAACAUUAUAAUUAGAUAUUUAUACCAAGAAAAGUGUUAGUAUAUAUAGUAUUAGUUAUCAAUUUUACUUUAACUUUAAAGUAGGUUUUAGCUUGAUAAACAAACCAUAUGAUAUGAAAUGUCCCCUUCUUUUAAAAAGCUUACAACUUUUACGGUUGAAAAAGUUAUGUUUUUAUAUAUGGGGGUAUAUAUGUGAUUAUGUGAAUAAUAAUUUUGUUGAUGAUACCCGCUGUCACAAUGGACCAUGUGAUUAACUUUCAAGUUUUCAUCUCACAAAGAAGUGAUUUUCAAUCAUGUGAUCACCAUCACCAUGCCAUUAGCUUAGAAGAUAGAUAGAUGUAUUUUACAAUGGCUCGGCCAUGUCUAUGGACAUAUAUAUUUUUAAUUCAAAGACAAAUGGGCUAGACCACUUUUUUAAAUGUAAUUGUUUGUAUGACCAGAAAUAUGAAAUGGUUAGUUGGAUGUUGAUAUAGUCAUGGGAAACUUAUUGAAACAUGGUUUCCAUUUAUUGACGACAAAAUUAGGUCCAUCCUGGAAUGUGUGUGUAUUUGCAGUCCCUCUUACAUCUCUUUGAUUGCUCAUGCGAGGUAGAUGAAUUUGUUUCAACAGUUCACGAGUUAUUACAAUUUCUAACACCAACUUUCACACCUUCGCUAUAGAGGGUAGAUAGCAUAAUGUACUACAAACAUUGAGCUUACCAACUUCAUUUUCACAAUAAGAAUGUGUUCAGUCCAUUCGCUAACUACUCAUUUUACCGUUAACUAAUUAGUUGUGUACUGUUCUAACUUUUCAUUCAGUUGUUUGAUUGGCAAAUGCAACUAUACUUACAUAGUCGAUCUCAUAAACUUGUAAGUACAUAUAUACUUUACAUUUGUGAUUAGUCCACUACAUAAUAUAUAAAAUCUAGUGAGUAGUACCAGUGACUAUUGUGUGUGUAGUAGAUAUGCAAAGCCUAUGGAGCUUUCUUAUCAUAUACAUUGUUAGAUCCUGCAGAAUCUACAGUCGAAUAAACCCAAUCAAAGAAGUAGGGCUUCACCACCCAUUUCUUUUAUUUUUAUUUAAUUUUAAGUGGGAACUCAGAUAAACGUCAAAGCGUACACAUACGUAUACCUCCACAGUUAUGCCACUUUGCACAAAUCAAUCAUCUUUGUCUUUCCCAUGUCGUAAUCAAUCAUCUUUUAUCAUAAUGUUUGCAUAUUUAUAGAUCUGUGGUCUUUAAUCGUUGUAGUACAAUGAUAACGAUGAGUUUUGGACAUCAUUUGAUAUUUCCAUGUAUGUUAACAAAAAAAAAA